AUGGAGCCCGGCCCCGACGCCGAGGAGGAGCGCACAGUGCGCGAGGCGCUGGGCCGCUACGAGGCCGCGUUGGAGGAUGCGGUGCGCGCGCUGCACGAGGACAUGCAGGGGCUGCAGCGUGGCGUGGAGCGGCGGGUGGCCGAGGCGCUGCGCCUGGCUGGCCCUCUGGCGCGCACCGUGGCCGAUCUGCAGCGCGACAACCAGCGGCUGCAGGCGCAGCUCGAGCGCUUGACGCGCCAGGUGGAGGCGCUGGGCUUGGCGACAGGGCUGUCCCCCGCGCCCGGCACGCCCAGCACGCCCAGCCCUCCGCCAGCGCCCGGGGUUCCGGAGCGUGCGCCCCGCCUGGGCACCGCACGCUUCGCCAGCCACGCCACCUUCUCUCUUUCCGGCCGCGGCCAGAGUGUGGAUCAGGAUGACGCCGGGGAGCCGGAGCCCAGGAGGGCCGCCAACGCGUGCAUCCUGGAGAACGGGCACCAGCCAGGGGCAGGUCCAGGCGAUGGACACUCUGAACUUGCUCAGACCUUCCCGGCACCGGAAGCCCCGAAGCCUCGCCCCGUGAGCCUCUCCUUGCGGCUGCCCCACCAGCCAGUCACGGCUGUCACUCGAGUCUCCGAGAGAUUCUCUGGGGAGACAUCAGCUGCAGUGCUGUCACCCACAUCUGCUGCCAUCCUGGGGGGCUGCAGUCCCAGCCCCAGCGAGACCACCACCCCCUGGACUUCCAGUCCGAGUGAAAAGACUCCCUCUUUCUCCCGGUCUCUGCCCAGCUCUGGCUACGGGGUGGUGACGGCAGGCAAGCUCAAUGACAGCCCACCACUGGUGACGCCACCCCAGUCACCUCCAUCCCCCCCGCCGCCACCGGUGCCGGCCACGACUCAGGCCCCUCGCCAGGGGGAGCGCCGUCGGGAGCUGGUGAGGUCGCAGACACUGCCCCGUACCUCCAGUGCCCAAGCUCGCAAGGCGCUGUUUGAGAAGUGGGAACAGGAUACGGCGGGCAAGGGGAAGGGGGAGACCAGGGCCAAGCUGAAACGGUCCCAGAGCUUUGGUGUGGCCAGCGCCAGCAGCAUCAAGCAAAUCCUGCUCGAGUGGUGCCGCAGCAAGACCGUGGGCUACCAGCACGUGGACCUGCAGAACUUCUCCUCCAGCUGGAGCGACGGCAUGGCCUUCUGUGCCCUGGUACACUCCUUCUUCCCCGAUGCCUUCGACUACAACGCCCUGAACCCCACGCAGCGGCAGAAGAACUUCGAGCUGGCCUUCAGCAUGGCUGAGAGCCUGGCUAACUGUGAGCGCCUCAUCGAAGUGGAGGAUAUGAUGGUGAUGGGCCGCAAGCCGGACCCCAUGUGUGUCUUCACCUACGUCCAGUCUCUCUACAACCACCUGCGGCGCUUCGAGUAAGGCCCUCGGGCCUGCAGAGCCCCAGAUGCGAGCCUGGGAAGAGCCCGGGGCCGCCCAUGGCCCCCGAGUCAGGACAACCCCUCAGGAGGAGCUGCCUCCCGGAGAGGACACGCUGUGACCGCCCCUCACGCCCAGCUGGGCCCCGACUUCGCUGUCACAGCCAAAGGCUCGGAGGCACAGGGAGAGAAAUUGGUGCUAAGGGAUGCUCUUCCUCCAGGAAUGCCUUCUUUGUAGAUUCUGGAAGUUGAAUUACCAUCUUCCCCCAGGGGGUUUUGAUACAUUGGCUGGACAGGGUUUGUCAAUCACCCCGUUUUUUUUUUUUUUUCUUUUUUAAUCAAAAUACCCAGUGUUUUCUACUUCCUCACACCAUCGUAGCUCCCUCUCCUCCCUCUCUGUGGGCCCCGGCCAGGCAACAGAGGGACGGCUUUGUCAGCAGUGUGGCGAGAAGCCCGAAGCCCGGGGAAGGAGCAGCUUCACCACCUCCAGGUUCCGCCAAGUCACUCCCGCGCCCUGGGAGGUGGGAAGGCCUUUGCCUUGGUCCCGAGUUCCCCUGGUCUUCCCAGGAGGCCCCACACGUGUGUGGCUAAGGACGGGCUCCUGGGAAGGUGGGGCUUUGGAGGGGAGGGGAGGCCCUUGGUGCUGAGACGGUGAGGUUUGGUUCACAUCUUUUAUAAUUUGCUGCAGGUA